AUUUGGACCAACUAUACAUUCAGCCUUACAUUUACAGGAACAACUCUAAACAUGCUGCACGCACUUCACAGCAGAAUUUUGGUGCAGUGCGCUGCGGGACAUUCACUCUGGAAAACAGCAAUGGCGGACGAGCUCGGCUUCCAUUUAUAAAUAUGGUAUCCAUUGCUUGCACAUGAAACUUCUUUGAGUGCAAUUUAUAUUCAAGAUGAAACAAACAUCUGCAGCAAGAACAUUACCUGCACCUAAAUGGGGACAGUCAGCUAAUAACAAGAAAAAUGGAGCAGGAGAACCAGCAGAUAAAUACCAGGAAGGACAGGUAGAUGAAAAUGGAGAUGUUAAUACAGAAAUGAGGAAGAAAAUUCAUUGCGAAGAUGGUCAAAGUGAAUCUGAAGAGAACUCUGACCUGGCUGCUGCCAUAGCAGAGUGGGACGAGGUAGAAACUGUCACUCCAGGGGUUGACCAGCAACUUAUGGGUUCUGAAGGUGCUCCCAAUUUUUCUAAACAAAGCCAGCCGUUGUCAUUCAAUGAAGCAUUGCAAUAUUAUCAGACAAAGGACUUAUCUGAUGUCAGGCCCCUUAUUAAAACCAGCAUAGAAAGAAGGGGGUUUGCAGCAUUUAAGCAUUUUCUGUUUGGACCACCUAAACUUCACAGAGAACUUUUACAGGAAAGAGACAUGAUAUUUUGCAUUGCAGCAAGCCAGUUUAACAAUGAUGAAAGUGUCCAUGUGAGAACACUGCAGACAAUGUUUAAGCAUAUGACUGGGUCAAAAUUUGAUUGUAAAAGAUAUGGUGACCACUGGGAUCAAAUUGGGUUUCAAGGCACUGAUCCAGCAACAGACCUUAGGAGUGUUGGUUUCCUAGGUCUUCUUCACAUAUUGUAUUUUGUAAAAGAUCCAAAACUAUUAUCUCUAGCCAGAGACAUUUAUAAACUUUCAUUACAUGAAAGUCAGAAUUUCCCCUUUUGUUUGAUGGGUAUAAAUCUUACCAGAAUAACUCUCCAGGCACUUAGAGAAGACUGCAUUAAUAAAGAGUGUAACAAACGCAGACAGGUGGUUGCAGUGGUGAAUGAUCUGUAUGUUGGGCUUUACUUAAUGUUAUACCAAAAGUGGAAACACCAACAAAUGACCAUCAUCAACUCAGGACCAGUUUUGAACGAUUUGGAACAUAUAGCCAAAACUAAUCCAAGGCAUGUGCUGAGAAACCUGGAGGCCUAUUUACAAUCAGCAGCUACCAGUAAAGCUCCAGGGUCUCCAAAGGAAAAGCAAGAGUUCACAUUUUCUUCUCUUGAUGAAGCGAAAUCAGGGGUAGGUCAUGGUGAACCUUCCUAAUUGAGGCAUUUCAGCACAAAAAUCUUCCCGGAUUAGCAAAAAAAAAAAAAAAAAAAAAA